AUGGUGUGGCAGUCGAGGGAUGUGACAGUAAUUCGUUGGGAGAACCCCACAGCUGGUAAUGGACGGAAGCCCAAGCCUCGAGGACGGAGGAGUUACUGGACUCGCGAAGCUCACAUGACUAGGAGAGCAGCGCGAAAAGCGCGUAAAAACGCUGAAGGAAAUGAGGCAGACAAGUUUUGUGACAUGGCAAGCGACGUGCGGGAAGUGGGCCCAAAGAAUUAUAAUCAGGCCAAGAAGUGUGACCAAAAGGACAAGUGGAUGGUCGUGGUGGAAGAAGAGCUGUAA